AUGACAGUCCAGCCUGAUAGAAAACUACGCUUGUUUGAUCCAUACAAGGUUCUUCGGAGGGCUUUUGCGAAUCUCGCCCAUCGAGAUGUGGUUGAGUUCAUGGGCAAUACGUCUGAACAAGUGACGCAACGUAACUCAGUCUUCCACGCCCUACUCACCGUUAGCGAGUGGCAGACAAUCGUUGCCCAGCGCGAGAAAGAUAUGAKGCAUCUUCAAUCUCGAGCGUUGGAAGAGGGAACACUGCAAGAUUUGGGCGAGUUUCGACGCACUCUAGCGUACUUGAGGGGCUCCAUGGCUGGCGUUGGAGCCAAACUCUCUCUUGCUGCCGGCAUGGCGCCCCUCAGGCGUGUAGACGGGAAGCUAUCACAUAACAGUCAAGUGAUAAACGUGAACAAUGGAGGCGCGGUCACCAUCCAAGGUGGUCUCAACAUUACUGGAUCCGCCGAGGAAGGGAUCAGUGCAUUGUCGCUGAUUGACAAGCUUACCCAACUCGAGGCGAYUCUCGGCAACGUUGCCAGAACAGCCAACGAGGAGAUCCAGCUCUUCAUGGCUUUGAUCUCAACACGGGACUCCGAGGUCAUGCGAGAGGACUCGAGGAUUAUGAAGCAACAAGCCGCACGCACGACCUUAUUGACUACGCUUGCUGUGGUAUACUUGCCUCUGCAGCUCAUCACCGGGAUCUUCGGCAUGAAUAUCAAAGAGAUCACUCAAGAUGCGAGGCUGAGGUGGUCGGCUUGCUUGGUUGCGCUGGGAGUUUGUGGGCUCUUCACCGUUCUUGUCUACCUAAUCGUGAGAAGGGUACGGCGAAGGAGAGACAAUGUGCAGACGAAGGGGAAGGUGGAGGAGAAUAAGGGAGUAUAG